CAGCCUCUUGUUAGCUAAGGAAAUCUUUACUUUCCUUCCCGGCGGGUGGUGUGCGGAGCCUGAGACGACUUGGUUGAUUUAAGCAACACCGCCAAGAGACAUUUUCCUCAGACUACCUCGUGGUUAAGAUCAGCCACCUCAAAAAAAACCAACAAACAGCUCUGCCUGUAACUCCACCUGCCAGCUACACUGUAACCAAGCCAACCUAAAGCCUUCAACAUGAUGCAGAUCAGCAGCGACUCAGCCAGCAACAAGCACUCCCUCAUCAACGUCAUGCACCGCUUCAUCGCAGCCGCCAAUAACAUGGAUGAAACCAUCAUGGUGCCGAGCCUGCUGCGAGACGUGCCGCUGGACGAGCAGCAGCAGCAGCAGCAGGAACAGCAGCAGGUGAGCAAGUUGGAGGCCAACAACAACGAACCACCGUGCCCCAACAAGCAGAGGGACAUGUACGAGCACUACCUGCUGCUCAAGUCCAUAAAGAACGACAUGGAGUGGGGGCUGCUGAAGAGGGAGAUGAGCAGCGGCGCCAGCUUCCUGGAGAUGGCAGUGAAGCAGGAGGAGCAGCAGCCCGUCACCGGGGAUCUGCUGCUGGACGACAACUCGGACUUGGAGCACCAGUUCCACUACCAUCUCAGGGGACUGUUCGGAGUUCUGUCCAAGCUCACGAUGCAAGCAGACCACCUCACCAACAGAUACAAGAGAGAAAUCGGAGGCGGAAACUUCAUGAGAUAAAAGUCUCCAUCAUUCUUUUCUUUUUUGUUUAUCCAAGGAAGGUUGAAAUUAGGGCGAUUGGACGACCCUCAACCCUCCUUGGAUAACUUUCUUUUUUUUUUUCUCCCCCGGGACUGCUUGACUUGCAACAGUGGGAUGUGUUAUGAGAAGGGGUCCCCCAUCUCUUCAUAAUGGAUCUCAAUGGACAGUGAACUGACCAGGGCAACCACUUUGUGACUUGUCACUCCUGAGUAGCAACACUCCAACUUCUCAUUUUCCUCCUCCUUGCUGCCCCCUCCAAAGAUACCUGAAACCAGUGACGCCUUCACGUGUCGCCUGCAUGUCCGUCAGUGCAGCGGUGGACACUGGCAGAGGUUUUAUUGAAUCUGUAAUCAAGUCCAGAUGAAGCACAGCUCUGGUUUAUGCAGAAACUUGUCCUCGUCUUCAUUUCAAGAAUUCUUUCAAACAUAAAUUUGUCACCAGAUUGUCUGAUUUGUGAAUAAAAAGAAGGUUUCUGACUGUAGGAGAAAUUGAAUGCUGGUUAUUCUGUCCCUCCUCCUUAAAUUACAUAUACAUUAUUUUAAUGCUGAGCUGAAGGGCUCCUAACUGCAUCUGUCCUCUCGGUAUUACUGUAACAUGGCGUGCCUUGACUUUUUUAUACCCUGAUGUCCUGUUCAGUUGGCUCCCAUUGACUUCACUGCAGAAAUGGAAACUUCAAGGUGUUUCAAUGAAUUAAAUCAUUUUAUCUGUCCUUGGAUAUUUCAAAACCAUUUUUAUAUUAAGCAGAAAUGCAGUAAAACUGAAAUAAAUAAUUGGAAACUGA